AAAUAGAAAUCUUUUGUCACUCUUGAACAAUUGAACGUAUUCUUGCUGAAUAAAAUUAUUUUUUUUUUAAUCCUACUGACCCCAGAACUACUACUACUGAACAGUAGUAGUAGAUUUAUAUCACACACAUGCUUGUUUGUUAGGUUAGUGUUCUUAUUUAAAUUGAUGAACUACACCUGUGUUAACUUAAGGGCUCACUUUAUAUUCACUAAAAUCACUGUGAUAACAGUUAUUUAAAAACAAUUGCAGAAAUAUUUCAUAAGAGUGAAAUUGGGUCUGAGAAAAGGUCCAGCAAAAUUUACUUGCAGGUGCCACUUGGUUUGAUAUUUUACUGUCACCAAAAUUUGGGCAGUUUUCCAAAUACAUUACUGUAUGCCACUAUGGUGUAUGUGUUUGCAUCAGCUGUAUUAUGAAUGUGCCGAUUGCUGUGAAUGUGUGUCUGUGUGUUUGAUUUCCUUCAGGCUUUGCUGAAAGCUGAACAUUUGCCUUGUGCUCAUAUGUAGGUCAGUGCUGCUCAAUUUUGCCUGACAUUUGAGACUAUCAAUAGCAUGAUACUCUGAAGGCCAACAACUGUGUAAUUUGUGCUUGUUUUUAUUAAUCUGCUUUAUGUAUAUUCAGUCAGGCAUUGCUCACCUCAAGCUAGUAGAGUCAUGUAGCAGCUCCCAAGUUUGUGCAUGUGUGUGUGUAUGUGUGUGUGCAAGAAAGAUUGAUCUGGGAAGAUUUUUCUGGGAAGUGUCAUUCAUGUUAAAGACAUCAAAUUCUGUAAUCAUUUACCCUCAAAUCUGUAUGAUUUCCUUUCUUUUGUACACCACAAAAUGAGCUUUUAAAGGGAUAGUUCACCCAGAUUUUGUGCUGAACACAAAAGAAGAAAUUUUGAAGAAUGUUGAUGACCAAACAGUUUUGAUUCCCAUUGACUUCCAAUGUAUUUUUUAAACUGUAUUUAAUUUGAUUUAUUUAUUUAUUUAUUGUCCAUAUGAUAGACGUCAAUGGGAAUGGAAACAUUUUAGUUACCAAAAUUCUUCAAAAUCUGUGUUUACAUAAAAUUAAUUCUUCUUCUGUUUCCAUAAAAUGAAUAUGAAUAGUCUCAUUACAGAAGACAUGACAUGCCAAAUUUGAUUAUGCAUAUGUUGUAAAUAUUUGAUUUGCGAGCUUUGUUAACAUACAAAUAAUUUUUAUGAUCUUUUUUUAUAUUUACAGAUUCAAUGUACCAGACCACCAUUCAUUUUAUGCAAAAGAGCAGCAAGGACAUUUUGUUAAAUUUCUUCUUUUCUGUUCCACAGAAGAAAGUCAUACAGAUUUUUUAUAUAAAUAAUAACAGAAUUGUAAACUAUCCUUGAUGUGUGCAGUGCUGUAUGUUAUUUGAACCAUUUUGGGGGGUUGUGAAAACAUUUAUACAAUAUAACAUUGCUCCUAAAAACUUCCUCUAAUUUCCAGUGAUAAUUGCCAUGUUUCAGUUUGACAUGAAAUGAUUAGGAAUGUGAGAGCAAGACUGAGAAGAAAGGGUUACAAAAAAAAUUACAUAACUUCUACUCUGACCCUUUCCUCGUCAGAGAUAUUUCCAUGGUUACCCCCCCUCCCAACUGGAAUGGGAUGGAAACAUCUCCUUUGACAAGGAGAGCACGAAAGCAAGGGUGCGAGAAAAGCCCUCAUUCCAUAGCACUGAAUAAAAUAAAAUGUCUUUGUCCACAUAGCUUUGCCAGCUGCUAUUUGGCUUCGUUAUUCAGCGUUUUAAUUAGACGAUUCCAUCUGCUUAGCCUGGGUUUGAGACUAAAAACCCAAAACUACAGCGUCAGUUCACAGACGAUCAAGGAAAGACUGCAGAUAACACAAUGCCCUGGAUGUUUCUGGACUGGUUCGUCCCUGUCUAUCUGUUAGUUUCGGUCCUGGUCCUGGCUGGUUUUGGAGCAUGUCUGUAUUUUCUGGAGCCGGGUCUUCAGGAUGCCCACAAGUGGAGCAACAAGUCAUUGAGGCACCAGCCGCUGGCUCCCAUAAGACAAACAUGCUGCAGAGAUGAUGACAGCAACACCUUGUUAUGAUAGGGCAUGUGUGGAUGCUGCAAUGAGACGUUUGUGCCAAAUCAUACUGUAUAUUGAUGCCACUUUAUCAAAAUCCAUUGUCUUUUCACAGGGUUUCUAUUGUUAUACUCAAUGAUCUUCAAUCAGAUUACAGACCAAAAUAGUAUAAGACACUGCAGAACUCGACUGCUGAACAGUGAUGCUUCCCACACAACCUCCCACACAAGUCGGCGUCAGAGUAAAUUUUGGUGACAUUUGGCCAAACUGGAGGAACAUCCUUGACUUUUAUGUGAAGGGUGUAUUGUGGAAAACACAAUACAAACACAAACAAGAGGGAAUGUUUCCAGGUCAUGAUGGUCAUGUUCCAGGUCGCAUUUUAGAACAUGCCUGAAAAAUCUGGAAAACUCAUGUCCCAAGAUACAUCCGUUAUAUUGUGAAUUAAAGAGUAAAGUAUAGGGAACUCAAAAUACUCUGCAUGCUAUUUGUCAUUAGUCAUUAAAUAAUUGUAGAAAUAUUGGAAACUGUGCAGCAGUUACUGACUUUUUACAUAGAAAGUGCCAUAUUGCAAAAGCAUGUUCAAGACUCAUUAUUUUUAAGAAUACCAACUAGAUUUUAGUCGUAUCAUCUGUUGUAGAUGUUCUAACUUUUAAAGUGUCUUUAAGAUACUAAAAACACAAUGUUCAAAUUGUCUUAUUAGUGGGGUAGCAUUCUUUUCUGGUGUCCUGGAAGUGUUUAUUAGUAGUUUAUUAGUUUGAGUUAUUUUCAUGCGCCAGUAGAUAUGUGUCACUCAGAUUAUUUUUGGUCUGUAACAUCUAGAUUCACACCAAUUCCAUCAACAAAAUGCCUUUAAUGUGAGUUAAAAUGGUGUUAAGCUGUUGGUUAUAAUCAUACUUUGGACAAUCAUAUAUAAUAAUGGCAUCCACAGUAUAGUGGAUAAUUGUAUCAUGAAUUGUAGCAUGUUUUUUUUCCCCCUCUUGCAAAUAUUACUUUAUUAUAUUAAACACAAACUGGUGAAGAAAUCCUUUUCUUCUUCUUUUUCACUUCAUUUGGGAGUUUCACAAAUUCUGCCAUUUAGUGAGUAUGAUAUGAAGAGAGUGGGUGAAUGAGACAGUGGAGCUUCAGAUGAAAAGAAUGGAGGGAAUGUAAGUCAAGUUCCCACCAUUUCCUGACGCACUCUUCCCCCUUCAUUCUCUCGCUUCUCUCUUCCAGUAAACAGACCACAGGAUCACAGGCUGUGUUAUAUGCUGCAAUGAACCCAAGGGAACUAGAUCCAACUGGAAACAUAUUACCUGUUGGGUCUCCCCUCAACUCACCCUCUUUGUCCUCAGCAAGGCUCUCCCCAAGUCUUAUGCCUCUUUCUCCUUCCCCUUCCCGUCUUUCACCAUGUCCAGUUACCUCAGGCUCUUCUCCCUCCCAUCUCUCAGUAUUAUCCACUUCUCCUUCUCGUCUCAGUCCAUCUUCUCACUUUAUUUCAUCGUACUCUCCAGUUCGUCUGUCUCCAUGUCCCACUUGUGACCCAUCUACCUCACCCACUAGAGUGUCCCCCUGUCCCGUACCUCUUUCCCCCUCUGUUGUCUUAAAAAAGCCCAUCCAUAUUUCCUCCUUCAGUCAGACCGGGCAAAGCUUGGAACAACAGAACCUGACUGAUAGUUCUUCACAAAGCAUCAGCAAUACAGUGGAUACAUCCCUAAAUUCACCACAGCUGAAGUCAGUCAAGACUACUUCUCAAUUAGACACAACAAUUAGAGUGCUACCAACUGACGAAAACAAACCAUUAGAUUCUGCUGAUAUGCAUAGUAAAGCAAGGCCAGUAGAAAACAAAAUGUCUAGAUACAUGCCCAUUUUAUCCACUGAGAGAAGCGUGAGAUCAAUACCCAUAUCCAACACGAGGGGUCAAAAAAAACAAACUGGCCUACAACAAAAUCCAUUCAGACCUCCACAGCAGGAUAAACUAAAGCAAAAUUCGAACAUCUGUUGCAGGGGAGUCACCAAGCCUUCAAUGUUUGAAAGCUUAAGCCCUAAAAACCUCAGACAUGUUGAAAAAAGUGCCUUCAGACCACAAAAUUUAGCUAGCUAUCAAAAGAAGCGCCAAUCCCAAGACCCUACUCUAGUUCGAAUCCGGCUUGGUUUGAUUAAAACUGGCAGGAUUAUAAACUCAGGUGCCCAGAUUUCUAAUCUGGAGAAGUUUAAGAAAAGCAGUGAAGGGAACAACCCAAAAAUUCAGAACGAUGGACAUCCUGCUGUUUCUGAGAAGUUAAAACAGCCUGUUCGUUCAAAGGUAAUGUUAGCGGCAUCCAAGCAGAUAAUAAGACCCACCAUGAUGAGUGAGAGGAGCUGUGGGAAACCUCAAAACCACCCACAAGUUUCAUCUGAAGGACAACUCUCCACACAGUCAGCACUUACAAAUCCAAUCUCAUCACCUAAAAGUAUCACAAACCAAAAGGAUAUUUUUCAGGAACUGGACAAUGUAAGUUCGCCAAAGGAAUACAGUGUGCUGGUUUCAUCCAACUCAGAGCUUCAAGACAGAGCUUCAGAGCACUGUAAUGCAACCAAUGAUCAUUCUCAUGAAAGUAAUAUGAUGAUGAACUCUUCCCAACAGAAUCAAACCAGUGCUAAUGACAACCAAGAGUCUAAACCAAAGCUCAUACCUCAGUCUGUAGCUUCUGAAACAGACACCGCUGUCAUCACAUCCCGCUACAGUAAAACAUCAGAUCAGUACAGCCAGAUGAGCUGCUUCCAGUUCCCUUUGAAGAGUCACCGAUCAACCACUGAAUGCAGUCAGCUGAGCCGAAUCUGUAGACCUGUGAUCAAAAGAACAUCUGACAGUAGACCUACAUACUUCAAAACUCCUCAAGCAUGGAGAAGAUCUUCCUCAAACCAAACUGGGAACACAAGAAGGAAUGGCAGCAAUUCAUCCCAAAAUAGAUGCAGCUUUUCGGAUUCAGAUUCUUCUAAAUCCUCUUCAAGCGAAGCGACUUUGCAUGAAGAUAACAGAUUUACAAGAAGAUACAGAGGCUCGCGGUUAUACAAAAAGUGUGUGACUAGUUGUCCAACUAAAUUUGUUAGAGAGAAACGCGAUGCAGCUGUUCACCCGGACCUCUCGGACAGCCCAAACACACACACAAACUCUGAAAUGCUGAAAUGCUCCAUGACUGGAUGGAUACCGCAGUGUCCAUUCACUCUAGAUCAAAAACAAGAUUCCAAACAUACACUUCAUUCUACAGACUGUGAGAGAUUUCAAGACAUAAACUCCUCGUGGUUAACAGACCAAGAAGACCCCCCACCAUUACAGUCUACAGGUGAGUGCAAAGCUAAGUUACUGGAAUUGCAUUAA